AUGUUCAAGGUUCUCGCUCUCUCAGCUCUCUUCGUGGUUUUCGCUGCUGAGGCUACCAACCUCGCGUGCAAAGGGGAAACCAGUAAUGCCGUUGCUGGAGUCUGCCCAGAAGGCUCCAAGUUAAUCGAUGAGGACAGCUGUUGUCUUGCUGAUUCUGUCUUCGAUGUCAACUCUCAUGCCUGCAAAUCCGAGCCAAUGCCAGCUAUCGGAAAAGAGUGUCCAUACGGAUUCAUCUUGGUAGCUAAUGAGGGUUGCUGUCCAAACUCUGAUGCUUACGCUAAGGAGAACACAGAGGAGAAGAAGUAG